GUGCACACAGUUCUAAUGGAACCAAUUCCAAAGGGAAAGUAAUUGGAGCACUAGCAAUUGCUAACGAUGGUGAUACUUACCGGCCGAAAAUGGAAUGUCCUACAUGUGGUCUGGUACUUUAUAGGCAUAAUUUUGGUACCCAUUAUCGGAUACAUACUGGUGAAUUGCCUUUUACUUGUACAUAUUGCCAAAAGCGAUUCCGAACAACAUCUGCAUUGAAAGUUCAUAUCAGAGCGCACACAGGUGAAAAGCCUUAUUCAUGUCCAAAAUGUCCGUACUGCUGCAUCACUAAACGUAACCUUGAUCGUCAUAUCAUCAACAAUCAUGUUAGAGAAGGAGAAAGACGAGGACCACGAGAACGAAGAUCACGAUAUAGGAGAGAUGAGUAUAGCGUUAUCAUUGAUGAUAUUGAAAUGGAUACCGUUGAGGAGAAUGAAAAAAUAGACCAUCAUUAUGUUAUCUCUCAGGCAGAGAUGGAAAAUACGGAUGUGGUGAAGGAGAAGGCAAAUGAUGAAAUGGAAGGCAGCGAUGAUAAUAGACAAUCAGUUGACAUGCCUGUCCUUCCUUUGCUUACUUUAUCAUUUGGCAUGGGAGAUUUGAGUAAGUUAGACAACAAAAUAGAUCGGUUAUUGCAAGCAUCACGAAUUCGACUGAUAAUGCGCGAAUUGUCUUCGUGUAUUGCGAAAGAAUCUAUAGAAUAUCACAAUGAUCCCACAAACGCAAAGUCUUUAUUGGAUGUUUUAGAACCUAUUUGCCGUUGUUUCGGAAGUAUUGUAUUAGAAGCCGUAUCUCUAGCAGAUAACGGCAAUGUUUACCUACUCAAAGAUGCCGUCCAUGGUCGAAAUAUAUAUGAAGUGUCCGGUACAUAUUCCCAGUGUACAUAUACCUGUCUUCCAAUGGUUAAUUAUUGCCAGUGUUCAUACUUUCUUCAAGGAGGUAUGUUACUACCAGAUGCUUACCUAUCCAAAAACAGCGAAACUUAUUAUGUAUUAUAUUAG